CUAGCUUUUUGCUCCUCCCGCUUCUGCUGCUGCUGCUGGAGCUGAUGCAAGAGCUGAGAACGGGGGCGAAGGAGAGCGUGAAGGAGGGAGCCUCGGAGUGACCCCCCCCCCGCCGCCCUCGGCCGAGUCCCCUCGAGAGCAGCGCCGGAGCCCCCUUCUGUCCGGUUCCUUGACGGCGGGAUCGAGUCGGAGCCAUGUCGGGAGACGAGAUGAUUUUUGACCCCACGAUGAGCAAGAAAAAGAAGAAGAAAAAGAAGCCUUUUAUGCUUGAUGAAGAAGGCGGUGACACACAAACAGAAGAAACACAAUUAUCAGAAACAAAAGAAGUCGAACCGGAGCCAGCAGAGGACAAGGAUAUCGAAGCUGAUGAAGAGGAUUUCAGGAAAAAAGAUGCAUCGAAUGACCUAGAUGACCUAACAUUCUUCAAUCAGAAGAAAAAGAAGAAGAAAACAAAAAAGAUAUUCGAUAUAGAUGAAGCAGAAGAGGGUGUGAAGGACCUGAAAAUUGAGGGUGAUGUACAAGAGCAGGUAGAGCCAGAAGAUGACCUUGAUAUUAUGCUUGGAAGGAAGAAGAAAAAGAAGACUGUGAAGUUUCCAGAUGAGGAUGAAGUGUUGGAUAAGGAUGAAGCGAUGGAGGAUGAAGACAGCAAAAAAGAUGAUGGAAUUUCUUUUAGCUUUCAGUCUGGACCCGCAUGGGCAGGUUCAGAAAGGGAUUAUACAUAUGAUGAGUUGCUGAAUCGUGUAUUUAACAUUAUGCGGGAAAAAAAUCCAGAUAUGGUAGCUGGUGAAAAAAGAAAAUUUGUCAUGAAACCUCCCCAAGUUGUAAGAGUCGGAACCAAGAAAACAUCAUUUGUCAACUUCACAGAUAUCUGUAAGCUAUUACAUCGUCAGCCAAAGCAUCUCCUGGCUUUUUUGCUUGCAGAAUUGGGUACAAGUGGCUCUAUAGAUGGUAAUAACCAGCUUGUAAUCAAAGGAAGAUUCCAGCAAAAACAGAUAGAAAACGUCUUGAGAAGAUAUAUCAAGGAAUAUGUCACCUGUCACACGUGUCGGUCACCAGACACAAUCUUACAGAAGGACACCAGAUUAUAUUUUUUGCAGUGCGAAUCUUGCCAUUCGCGCUGCUCUGUUGCCAGCAUCAAAACUGGUUUCCAGGCUGUCACAGGCAAGAGGGCGCAGCUCCGUGCCAAAGCUAACUAGUUGGUUGGUCAACACUGGAUUUUGCAAAGUGAUCUGGGCGCAAAUGGUUGGACGGGCUUACAACUUGAGUGGAUUUCCAAUGUAUUAAAAAAAAACAAGAUUGUAAAAGCUGCUUCACUUUGUAUUGGUCUGAAAUUCUUGCAAGAUACAGAUCAUCAAGCUAUUGGCAUUAGCUAACUGAAUAUUUUACCAUCUGCCAGAAGAGUGAUGAAAACGGAGGUGCUUUUUAAUCUGUUCAUAGAAUUCUGUAAAAUCCAAGAAAAAAUUAAAAGUUAUUAUAACAGUGACUGUCUUUCAUUUGAAUCUUUCCUUCUGUUUCUCUAUUAAAUGAUUACGAUGGUAAUAUGUAGGAAUUGUAUCUGAUUCAAAGAAUGGGGUGUGUGUUAUAAAGAAUAGUUGGUCUUGACUAAGUGUAUUGUAAGACCAUAUGAAAUGGAACAGAAUAUUUUAAAAACCUUGUUAAUGGCUUCUUUUCAGUUGAAUUACUCAAUGCAUGUAAGAAUGUUCUAAGCUAAUCCUGCCAGUUCUAAUUUUGAGGUCUACUUUUCAUUAGAUUGCUUGUCCUAAGGCAGUUCUCCUCUGUGUGCUGGUGCUUAUAACACCAUUUUUUAUCUGAACUCUGGGAAUCUCCAAUACAGUUCAUGAAAUAAAAUGUACCAGUAACCAUUUGUUAAGAUGGGUUCAAAAAACACAGUUAAUGCAAUUUUUCCUCUUUUUUGGGGGAAAAGCCUAUGCUUUUGCGAUUUUAAAAUUCUGCAGAUCUACAGCUCCAUCCAAGGGAUCAAGCAGCUGGCCACGUUGCCAUGCCCCUCUGCUCCCAUAGAAGCUUCCUAGUGGUGUGGGGAGGCUUGAAAAGUAAAAAAGCCUCUCCGCCCUCAAGAAGCCCCCAUUGGGCUUAAAGCCUGGGCCAUCAGCAUAAUGAGGCUAAUGGUCAGGAGGAAGCUGACUAACAUUGACUCUGCCCCCCACUAUACUGGCGGGGUGCUGGGACGUUGGUGCUGUGUCCCAGUGCUGAGGAGGGGGGCAUUGGCUGCAUGCUGGUGGAAUUACCCCUCCGCCAGGGCAGAUGUGCCAACACCAUGCUGCUCCCACGGGGGGAUUUGGAUGGGGCUGUUUGUCUUUCAGUUGUAUGCUUGCAUAGCAAACUUUUUAGGUCAAAUUGUGAGGGUAUGUAAAGGUGUAUUCCACUCAGAGUUGAAUGAGAACCUCCUGUUACAUGAAGAGUGACAUGUCAACGUUUGUCAACCUAUGAUUUCCCCCUCAUCACUCAUCCUUUCGUCAGAUAUGUGGUAUGCCGCUUCUUUUCCCUCACAGUAUUUGUUUACUUCAUUUAUAACUUUCUGUCUCCCCAAGGUGAUCCAAAGUUGCCUACAUUGUUCUGUUGUUCUCCAUUUCAUCCUCACAGCAACCCUAUGAGUUAGGCUGCAGAUAUAUGACAGGCCCAGGGUCACCCAGUAAGCCAUCAGAGAAUUCAAAACUGGACAGUUUUGAUAGUCCUCGCUGUACCGCAUUGCCUCUCUCUGGGCUAAUCCCACCAAUAGUUGAACAGUGACACAAGACCCAGACUGUCAGAUGGGUUGAAGAUAUUUUUUAAUGCAUCUGUCUGUAUCCUAAUUUGAACAUGCUGCCUCCUGAGGUUUCUUAGUAGUUAUUCCAGGCAUAAAACAAUUGAAACUGUCCCUGGAAUUAGAUAGGAGUACCUUUUGCUGUGUCAUUACUUCUGGCUCUGUUUGCAAUUUACAUUUUAUUAAUGAGCCAGAUGAGGGUAAUUGAGCUGAGGGUUGUUUGGUGAUCCUUGGAUAUGGCUGCAAAGCCUUACUAUUAAAGUAAAUCAUGGUUACAAUUUAAAUUUAAUCAUAACACAGUCUUAAAGUUAACCAUAAUACUUAACAGUAUUCAAUAAAUUGGAAUGGUCUGUAGAUGCUGACUCCCAUUGCAUUUAACAUGGGAACUUCUGGUCUGAUUUUUUUUAACUCACUUGUACUAACAACUCAUCUAUGGCAGCAGUUUUAUUUUCUUACUUUCUCUGUGAAGAUUACUUGACUGAACAGUGAAGCCUCAUGGUUUUCUAAAUUGUUUUUAAUAGCAUUUUGAGAUGUAUUGAAUAUUGGAUGUAUAUUUUUAACCAAAUAAAGACAGGAUCAGUG